AUGGACGCCACUUGGGCAAGCUCGAAGACGGUCGCCUGCUGGCCGCGGCCGCCACCGCACGCCCAUCCGGUGCAGCAACACGUAACAGACGCGCGCAUCCUCCUCCCGCAUCACGGCCUCCUCCUGCAGCGCUGCCUCACCGCCUGCCAGCUCUUUAUCACCGUGCUGCUCGCCCGACACGCGCGCGCCCAAUCGUCCUCGCCUCUCGCCGCUGCCGAAACACUCGCCCUCGAGCAUUCCCCGAGCCCCCACUGCCCUCCCCCGCCGCCCGCUGCUACGUUGCCUGAGCCAACUCCAGGUGUGCGACGAAGUGUUCCUCGAUCCGUCGUUGCCUGCAUACCACGCAAGGAGCGCGAGAUGCCGCGUAUAACCAUAUCCAUCAACGCGCCCGACGAGCCCGCCGACCAGGAGCUGCUGAACCUCGACCUGCCGCCUGGUCUGACCCUGGUCGAUCUCAAGGGCUUCGUGCAAGUCGAGGCAAAUUUCCCCGUCAACUCGCAGUACUUCUUCUACAAUGGCCAGCCGCUCGCCGGCGACUCCAUGACGCUUGAGCAGGCCGGCAUCAAGGAUGACGACAUGCUGGUGGUGAUGAUUCGGCGGCAGGGCCAACGCCAGCAGGCUCAAGCCCAGCCCCAGGCCCAGCGCGCCGCGCAGCAAGCCGGCAGACCACGCCGCUCCCAGCAGGACGACGAGACCGAGACGACGCGGCUGCGCAUCCUCGGCGACCACAAUGCCCUACGCUCUCUCCAGGACUCGCGCCCCGAGCUUGCCGCUGCCGUGAACGAUCCGAAUCGCUGGCGAGAAGAGUGGAUCAACAUGAAGCGCAUACAGGAGGAGCAACAGCGCGAGCAUCAGCGUCAGCUGGACCUGCUGAAUGCCGACCCUUUCAAUAUCGAGGCCCAGUCGAAGAUUGAAGAGAUGAUUCGGCAGGAGCGCGUCAUCGAGAACCUACAGCAUGCUUAUGAGCACAAUCCAGAAGGCAAGUCGAGCGUAGUCUCUUCCUUUGUUGAGCUGUUUUCCAUUCCCAUCUUUGGACGCGUUACAAUGCUCUACAUCAACUGCGAAGUCAACGGACAACCGGUCAAGGCCUUUGUCGACUCCGGUGCACAAGCAACCAUCAUGUCACCAUCUUGCGCCGAAGCCUGCGGCAUCAAACGACUCAUCGAUAAUCGCUACGCGGGAAUGGCUGUCGGCGUCGGCACGGCAAAGAUUCUCGGACGAGUACACCACGCAGAAAUCAGCAUCGGUGGAGCAAUCAUGCCUUGUGCAUUCACUGUCAUGGAGGGCAAAUCAGUUGAUCUGCUCUUCGGCCUGGACAUGUUGAAGCGAUACAAGGCCAAGAUCGACUUGGAAAAGAACUGCCUGUGCUUCGAAGGCAUCGAGGUUCCUUUCUUGCCAGAAUCCGAGAUACCCAAGUCUUUCGAGCGGGCUCAAAUGGACGAGCCAACCGUUUCUGGUCCGAACGGUACUGAGGUUGGCACCAGGUCCGGUGCCGUACGUCCUGCUGCAGGGUCUACCACAGCCACAUCGUCAGGAUCUGCCGGCGAGUCAAGCUCCAGUGCUCAGGCGCAUCAAGGCUCUAGAUUGCAAGGUCAGGGGCGCACUCUGGGCACUCCAGAGCAGAGGAAUGUUUCAGCUACUUCCUUCCCGGCUUCCGAUAUCGACCAGUUGGUUGGCUUGGGGUUUUCGAGAGAGCAAGCCAUCAACGCACUACGAGCAUGUGGCGGAAACGUAGAGUAUGCCGCGAGCCUACUGUUCCAGGGAUAA